GCCUACGCACGCCUACGCUGGGCGCGGCGUAGCAUAUCGCCAACCGCUACGCGCGUGGCACGUAUAUAUUCGAGCGCGUAUCAAGCGAGCUUCAUUUCAGUUGAAAGCGCGCGUUUCGCGCACACGUAUCGUGCUUAGUGCUUGACGGUCAGCAAACUUAAGACAUGAACAUCUCAAUGCAGUUAAUGGUGGUGGUUGCGGCGGCGUGCCUGUGCCUCGCUGACGGCGCCCCCGACGUCAGGCUGACGCGGAAGCAGCAGAGGCCGACGCGGGGCUUCAAGAACGUCGAGAUGAUGACGGCCAGGGGCUUCGGGAAACGGGACAGACCCAUCACUAGAGCUGAACGUGACGUAGAAAGCCAAUCGCCUUCGGAUCGGUCAAGUCGUGGUGUGCCCACAUUCAAAAGCCCAACAGUAGGCAUCGCAAGGGAUUUCGGGAAAAGAACUAUGGAUCAAGACGGUGAAGACCAAAACGAUUACACGACACCAGAACGGAGAAAGUUCAACCCAAAAUCGACACUCAUGGUGGCACCAGAUUUUGGGAAAAGGUCCAAUGACGACAACCUUGACGAAGAAGAAGAAGUAAGAGUGACGAGGGCAGGCUUCAAGUCGAAUAAAAUCCUCAUUGCAAGGGGUUUUGGAAAACGAAAUGAGAUACCUGACGAAGUGUACGGAUUAGACAAUUUUUGGGAGACAUUGGAGGCGUCGCCAGAAAGGGAGGGCUUCGAUAAUAACGACGACAAACCUUUGGAAAGCAUCCCCGUAGACUGGUUUGUGAACGAGAUGCUCAACAACCCCGACUUCACGAGGUCUGUCGUUCGCAAGUUCAUCGAUCUUAAUCAGGACGGAAUGCUCUCCUCCGACGAACUGCUCAGAAACGUGGUCUAAACUUAGAUAACUUACUCAAGUACCUAUUAUUUAAUUACUGUAUAUUUUAGUAAGUAUUUAGGUGCUUUCGUUCAAUGAUUUAUCUUUGUAACUUACGGUACUGUGAUAUGAAAUAAUCGUCAUGAUCGUUUAAAAUUAACAAAAAAAACUACGUUCCAAUUUAAUCAUUGUUAUUAUAUUAUUUAGUUUAUGGGAAUUGUUAAUCGGAACUGUCACUGUUGUAAAUAACUUUAGUGAUGUCAAUGGCAUUAAAAUUGUCCAUAGAGAAGAUAUUCUUUAAAUUUAAAUGUAGAUUAAAAAUCUAUAGAUCCUUCAAAUCUUGACUGCGUCAUUUGCGGCGUCUUGCGUAGCGUUUCGAUCAUAGAAAUAAAUAUAAGCUCGUUGCUGUAACUUCAACAAUCUGAACUUUGCUUCCACAUGUUAUAUACGUAAAAAUUGUCAAUAUAUAACUCUGAGAAUCAAAUUUUUAUUUUUAUAAAAUUCAUAAAUAAUAAUAAUAUUAUUAUUUUAUUUCUGAUGAAUUAAGAUGCAUGUGUGUUAAAUGGGAGAAAAUUAAAACGACGUGCGUCGAAAAUUAAAAGCGUGGGAGAAAAUUAAAAGCGUUAAAUGGGAGAAAAUUAAGCAGAAAUUUCUCUAGGUUUCUUUUGUUUUAUAACUGGCUGAAACAUUUUUGCUCAUUCGCGUUCCAAUAAUUCUUGACUUCAUUUUUUUCUAUGAACGAAACGAGUCGAUUUAAAUUCGAUGAUAAUAUUUAAGCUAUUUGAAGUCUAAAGUAAGAGGUGCAAGACUAAAAGUGUAAUUUAGUGGUAGCCAAUAUCUUGAUUGGAUUUUGUCUUCUCCGUCGUAAGUAUAGUCUUCAUGAUAACUGACAGAAGACCAUCGAUGACUAAGGUAUUUUAAUUUAUUCAACUUAAGUUAUUGCAUUACACAAUAUCGACCAAUUAAGUUCGAUACAUAUCUAAAUUAUAAUUAGGAUUAAAAAAUGAAGUUCUAAAAAACUUACAUUUUAAAUUCUAAACCUGAAAAAUGAAUGAAAAGUGAAAAAUAUAGUUUAUUUCCACUAUAAUAACAAAUACACUUGGUAUGCGACAUUUGUAAAAAAAAAGGUGGACUGGAGCCUAAGCUGGGACUGAGCCUAGGUUAGUACAUAUAUGGCACCGAACUGUUGUAUUGCAUAGUUUUAACAUAAAGCUAUAUCCCUGUCUAGCGCUAAUUGUUGCGCGUUGUUACUAUUUGGCGUAAACAUAAAAUUUAUUUUUAUGUCAUUUUCUGUUGCACCGUGGGGCUCGUAGUGAACGAUAUUUUACGCUCAAAUUUUAGUUGAGUUUGUCAAAGCAAUUUUGCAUAAUCUAAUUAUGGCCACGUGUAUUCGAAGCCAGUUAAGACUUUCAAAGUGAGCUCAAAGGGGAAAAUGGUUUAAUUCUAAAAUAAUCAGCUUCAGUGUUAUUAAGGCUUCAGUCUUAGAUUAGUGCUUAAAAACAGUUGAAAUCGUAUUUUUUUUUCGUUUUGCCCCGGUUUAAUCGAACAAAUGUAGCAUUUUUCUACUAGAUGUAAUGCAAAGAAAAUCAUAAAAAAAUAAAAUUUUGAUUGACGGUAAAGAAAAACGUAUUCUUUCCCUAUUUAUAUGUAUCUCUAUAAAAUAAAGGAAAAAUAUUAUUUACAAGAGAAAAUGAAAAUGAAUACCAGACAAAAACAUGAAUAAUUCUUCUGAAAAAAUAUGACUUAUUCAUCGAUGGUUUCGAUGGAAUAUUAAAAAAAUAAUAAAAAUAUUGGCGUAAAUUUUGUGAAAGGGUGUUUUUUAAAUUAGCCAAAUACCUACUGAGGGCAAAAACUAUUUUUUUUGCUCUCCCUUAAAAACUGGCCGAUUCAGAUUAUGGACAGUUGAAAUUUUAUGUUUUUAUUUCAUUUUAUAUAUUUUUUAAGUUGGUGUUAUACAUAUUGUGAAAAUUUGGUUAUUUAAACAGCAUAUACCUAUAUAUAUAAACAAUUUGAUUAACUGAAAGGAAAAAAACACCAUAUUGAUUUAUCUUUUAAACUGGCUGGGUAUAAUCAUAAUGAUGUCAAUUUCUGUAUAAUUAGAACUGUCCUAAUUACUCUACAUACAUACAUGUAUCGUGCUAUGUAAUAGGCUAUGAAAAUUACAUAUUAAUGUUUGGAUACCCUAUAUUUACUUAGUUUGUUGUUUACCGAUGUCGAGUUAUUAUUAAAUAUAUCGGGUACCGA